CUCUCUCUCUCUCUCUCUCUCUUUCUCGUCUCCUCCUAUCCGCGUCCAUCUCUCUCCCCGUCUCGAUUCCCCACCAGCGGCGAAACCCUAACCCUAGAGCGGCCACCGCCAUGGAGAAGCGCGCGACCACCACCAGGGCGGUGGUGCUCCGCCUCGACGACCUCUCCCUUCCGCCGCGCCGCCUCACCGUGCCGUCCCGCCUCCCGGUCUCCCACCUCCUCCGCGCGCUGCCGCAGCCGCUGCUCGAGUCGUCGUCGUUCUACCUCACCGCCGAUGGCCGCCCGCUCCUGCUGUCCGCGCCCGUGGCGUCGCUUCCGCCGUCGGGUUCGGUCCAGCUCCGCCUCCGCGCGCUCCGCGGCGGUGGCGGCGACGGCGGCGCCACGGGCGCCGAGUCCCGCGACUGCUACCUCUCCAUGUACCUCGCGAAGAAGCCCGACAAGGCCGACCCCAACGAGGCGCGGCUCUCCCGCUUCACCUGCUGCGCGCUCUCCGGCGAGCCGCUUGCCGCGCCCGCCGUCGCCGAUCGCCUGGGUAACCUCUUCAACAAGGAGGCCCUCGUCGAGGCGCUCCUCCACAAGCGCCUCCCCAAGGCGCUCUCACACAUCAGGGGUCUCAAGGACAUGAUCCCCAUCCACCUGCAUCCUAAGCCUGAUGCCGAUGCGGCUGGUGAGGAGGUCCGGUUCCAGUGCCCGGUCACCGGGCUCGAUUUCAAUGGGAAGUACCAAUUCCUCGCGCUUCGCAAGUGUGGCCAUGUGCUCAGCGUGAAGGCUCUCAAGGAGGUGAAGACCUCGGCGUGCUUGGUAUGCCAUAAGGAGUUUGAUGAGGCGGACAAGAUGCCGCUCAACGGAACUGAGGACGAGGUUGCGGCAUUGAGGCUGAGGAUGGAGGAGGAGAGGGGGAAGGUGAAGGAAAAGAAGGAGAAGAAGGUGGGAAAUGGGCUAAGUGGGAGUAAGCAUGCUGCCGCUGCCGUGAUGGCAGGGGGUGCUGAGAAGCUUGAAAAUGGGAAGAAGGGGGAGGCUCCCUCUUUGAAGCGGUUCAAGGCUGGAGACCAUGCACCAGCAUAUGCAAACAAAGAAGUGUAUGCAUCGAUUUUUACUUCUUCCAAGAAGUCAGAUUUCAAGGAGACAUACUCAUGCCGGUCACUUCCCCUUGGAAGGAACUGAAGCGAUCUUCUAUUGAGAGAUGGUAAUGGCUUGGAGGUGAACAUCCUGCACUGAUUUGCUUCAUAGCAUGGUUCACCUGCAAGUUUCUUCAUUGUAAUUUUAGUUGUCGGUGUUCUUCAUGCUUUGAUUACUGAUGUGGGGCUCUGUGUUUCCAUUGUCAAGGAAGCAAAGUGUCGGAGUAUUUGAAAGAUGUGUGAAAUAUGUAAUAGUUUGAUACCAUUAACAAGCAAUACCAGCUCUGAAAUCUUCUGUAGCAGCUUGUUGGAAUAAAGUUGCUUAUUUGUAUAUCUAAGGGGAUUUACCAAAAAGUAAGUUAUUAUUUUGACUA